CCGAACAGCCCGAAGAAUUGUCAAAAAUGUUAAAAACGUCACUCGCAUGUCAAGAUGUCGGCAAAUUAGUGCCCUAAUUGGGAAAAUCGGACGACGUGCCUGCAAAAACCGAUCACCCCGCACGUCAACACAAAGCGAGGAAAUUCCGCACGACCGCCGUGUUCGAAGCCGCAUCGUCGCGAACGAGUGGCACCACGUUAAAAAGCGCGCAGCGUGUGCAUAGUGAGUGGUGAGUGGUUGCGAUGGCCGACGAGUGCUGCGCUGCUCACACGUAGGGACCAGUCAUCGCUUCGAAUCGCCGCCCGCAAAAUACGAUUCGAUUUCGGCGCGGCGCCAUUUUGUAUGUGCCGGGUUGUCCUCGCGAGGUUCUACCUCGGAGGCGGAGGCGGCACGCAACAGCAAGCACGCGCUGAUCAGCGAUUACAUGCGAAGGCGCCGAUCGACGAGCUGCUCACUUCUGCCGGCGUGUGUGUUUUUUUAUUUUUCUACGGCGGGGCUCGCCGACUUCACGAGAACAAAACUACAUAGAAUAGAAUGUGUGUAACUGAAUAAUCUAAGCAUAGAAAUCAAAAAUGACCAUUGCCACAAGAGGACAGGGCAUUCCUGGUGACACAUCCGAAGCAAACCAGAUUAAUCCAAUAGCAGGCCCAGCAGAAGUGCCAUGUGAUAGUCAAUUAGAAGAAACUGGCGGUGGCGGGAGUGGCGGUAGCGGCGGUGGCACCGAACCAGAAUUUCCGCUGGAGAAACUCGCCUCGCUUGAGGAGAAAAUCUCGAAUCUGCGAUGGGUGGUGCCGGUGCUGCCCGACCAAGAGCUCGAGUGUCUGCUGCGUGCAGCUAUCGAACUAUCGCGCGCUGGGAUCGACACACGCUCCGAGCCAUGCCAGCGAUUCUUCCGCGAGGGUCUCACCGUGUCCUUCACGAAGAUCCUCACGGACGACGCCGUUUCCAGUUGGAAACCCAACAUCCAGAUGUGUAUCAAUCAGAAUUGCAUUAAACUGAUCGAAUUGUGCGUGAUUAAACUGCCGCACGAUUGGUUCCCGCUGCUGGAUCUGCUUGCGAUGGUCCUGAACCCGAACAACAAGUUUCACACGUUCAAUGCGUCCAGGCAGAGCGAAACCGCGCACGCGGCGUGUAAUCUCUCCGAGGAAGAGCUGUUUGCGCGUCCUGCGGCGGAUAUACGCAAUGCGCGUGGCUGGCUGGUGGAUCUAAUCAAUCGUUUUGGAGAACUGGGCGGGUUUCAGACGUUGCUGGAGCGCUUUCAGAGCGGUAAAAGUCUCAGCGUGGCGAUUGUGCACGCAUUGUUGAGGCCUUUCGGACUUGCCUACGAAUAUCUAACACCACACACUAUUAAUAAAUUUCUAUUACCUAUAUUAGAAAUGGUGCCUGGAAUAUUAGAUAAGCUAACUGAUGAUGAACUAAAACGCGAGGCGAAAACAGAAUCGAAGAGUGACAUUGUUUCCGCGAUAAUAAAAUCAUCCAAAAAUCUGGCAUCGCGCGUAGCUAACCAAGAAGAAUUGAUUCGGACGUUGGAAGGUUUCCGGUUGAAGAUGAUACUGCGCCAAUUGCAGAUAUCGAGCUUCAAUGGCAAGAUGAACGCUCUCAACGAAAUUAAUAAAGUCAUUUCGAGUGUUUCCUAUUAUCCAAAUCGACAUCAAGGCAUCGAAGAAGAAGAAUAUUUAACACCUGAACGAAUGGCGAAAUGGAUAAAUGAAAAUCGAGUACUUGAAAUAGUCCUGCGGGAUUCACUCCAUCAACCUCAGUACGUCGAGAAGCUCGAGAAAAUCCUCCGCUUUGUGAUAAAAGAACACGCGCUGAGUCUCUCCGAUCUUGAUGCUGUUUGGGCGGCGCAAGUUGGCAAACACGAAGCGAUCGUUAAGAACGUGCAUGAUUUACUCGCGAAACUCGCGUGGGAUUUCAGCCCCGAGCAGCUGGAUCAUCUCUUCGAGUGUUUUCAGUCAUCCUGGACGUCGGCGUCGCGUCGUCAACGCGAACGCCUACUUGAAUUAAUCCGUCGCCUGGCCGAAGAUGAUAAAGACGGUGUGAUGGCGCAUAAAGUCCUAACGCUUUUCUGGAAUCUCGCGCAUUCCGAAGAAGUGCCCACUGAGAUAAUGGACCAGGCACUCACAGCGCACGUGAAAAUCUUGGAUUAUUCCUGUUCGCAGGAGCGCGAUGCGCAGAAAACCGUCUGGUUGGAUAAAUGCGUGGAGGAAUUGAAGACGGGCGAUAUGUGGGUGCUGCCAGCGCUGAAACAAAUCAAAGAGAUUUGUUGUUUGUAUGAACCUUCGGCGAAUGGCAUCAUGCCACAGCGCGGGCAUCACAUGUAUUACCGGCAGGAGGUGAUUGAAAAACUGCAGACGCAGCAUUCGUUGGUGAUACUCGUCACGAAGAGCCUCACGGCGUACAUGGCCAAACUCAGGGUACUCGUUAAGACGCACGCGGAUCUGACGAGCGAGAAUUAUCUGCCUGAUGGGAGGUAUUGUCAUGUGUUGCAGGUGCAGGAGAGGUUAAACUUUCUAAGAUUUUUAUUAAAAGAUGGUCAAUUGUGGCUGUGCGCUGAACAAGCGAAGCAAAUCUGGCAGUGCCUUGCUGAGAACGCCGUGUUUGCCUCCGAUCGUGAAUCCUGCUUCAAAUGGUUCUCGAAACUGAUGGGCGAGGAGCCAGACCUCGAUCCCGGCAUUAACAAGGACUUUUUCGAGAAUAACAUUCUACAGUUAGAACCAACCCUACUCACCGAAAGUGGCAUCAAGUGUUUCGAGCGCUUUUUCAAAGCGGUCAACACCAAGGAAGGCAAAUUAAAGGCGAAACGUCGUUGUCUGCUCACUGAAGACCCCGAUCUGAUUGGAUUGGAGUAUCUGUGGAAGGUGGUGACGCUGUGUCCGGACGACAUCGCCGCGCGAGCCAUUGAAUUACUGCGUGAGGUUAGCACGAAUCUGGGACCCAAAUUGAUGGGUUCCCAAUUAGAGUUUCAUCAUAGUUAUAUUGCGGAAUGUUAUGACCGCCUGCGGGCGUAUUAUGAUACGGUGAAGAUACUCCAGUCGCAGUCUGAUAAAGAUUUCAGCGCUGAGUUGAAACACACGCGAAUCCGCGCUGAAGCUGUUAAGAUAUGCAGAGUUAUGCAUGUGCUGCAUGAGUAUAUCAGCGAGUGCGAUAACGGGUUUGUUGGCGAGAGGAAAAUCCUGCCGCUGCAUCGGGCUUGCCGCGGGAAGCAUUUGUCGCUGGUGGUGCGAUUCUCAAGCCCCAAUCGGCAGGUGGAUGACUUUGAAGUGUUCACACAUAGUAAUGAUACGCUAGCGUCGCUGCGGAAACAUAUUUUAAGAAGGAUAAAGCCAGGAGUGCAUUGUAAACUUGAGUUGUACAUUAAUGGCGAGCCGUUGGAGACUUCAGACGAUAAGAAGUUGUUGUCACAGAUUGCGCUUAGAGAUAAAAUGUUAAUAUCUGCAAAAGUAACACAAGUAAAUUCAAACAUUGCAUCGUCACAAGACAGCAGUUCCGACAGUUCCACAUCUUCACCACAACAUCCUUACGACGGGCCGAACAUGGAAGCCGAGAACUUUUUACCGGGCGUUCUCAUGUCACUUCAACCUUUUUACGCCGCUUUCUUUUGUCAACUCUCUGCGCUGGGCAGUUCCUUAGAAUAUCCACCGCUGCGAGACGGUGGCAGAGCACUUCUGCAGUUGAUGCCCUGUGACACGCAAGUAAUCCAACGACUUUUGCAGUUCUUUUCUAUAUCGGACGAAGCGGAAAACAGCGAGAAUCAAGUUGAGACUUUGUUUUUUAUCGAUACACCCGCUGAAGUUCUCUACAACUUGGAAGUAUUGUAUGCGUUGUUAAUGCCCGCGCUGGAUACGCUCACCGAGAAAUCGCUGGAGGUGCAGCACAAUUUUAUGGUCUCUGGACACGCGCACAUCUUUCUCGAGAUGCUGACGAAAAACAAUUUCAUGUCCUCGGCGGACACAGUCACGAAACGCUCGGCGUAUCUUGUGGUGUUGAAGAUAGGCAAACUUAUUCUUACCAGCGUGGCGAAUGUGCUCGUUAAAUUAUCCGAGGAGGAAAGCGAAGCGAAUGAAAAUGCGCCCACCCAAGGGAUGUACCUGAAACGAGCGCUAAGAUCAUCUGUACCUGGACAUGCCGAUCAGAUGGUGAAACAAGUCUGUAUAAAAUUGUCCCAGCGCUUGGCGGAUUUGAUUCUUGCGGAAUCGGGGAAUAGUGUAGGCCGUGCGCCUCAGGCUCUCUUUAGUCCUGCGUUAAAUUGGGAGUUGCCGAAUGCGGCGACUGUGAAUGCGAUGCUCCGUCUUGUCUGGGCGGCGAGCAGUGCGAAUCUUCAAUCGUUGAACGCUUCACCGGACAUGCUGCAUUCGCUCUGCGAUCCUACCAAACGCAACGCCCCCUUGGAACUUCAUACUGACGAUAUUCUACUCUGCAAGGAAGCAUUUGAACUGUUGAGUAUUAGUUUAGUGAUGAAUUCGAAGUCACUCGAAGAGUUAUGCAAAGAUGAACAUUUUCCGUUUCGUUUGUUUCUUACCGAUUUACUGCUGUUGAAUCCCAGCCGGGCGGUGCGCAUUGCAGCUGCCGAACAAUUCCUCGCAAUCUUUACGUUUGGCUCAGCGAGUCGUACCGCCCUUAAGUUUGUCACGCCGCUACUCUUUUCACUCUUGGAUAAUUUGGUUCUUGAAAACGCAAACACUUCACACGAAUACUUUCAGUUAUUAUGUCGAUUGGUUAAUGAAGUUUACGUGUCGGAAUGUCCACUACCGAAUGCAGAAGGUCUCCUAGCUGCUGAGGUAACAUGGUUACGGAAAGCACGUGGACAACACGAAGUUCUCCUUGAGGGACAUUUGAGUUUAGCGCGUGAAUUGUUGAGUUUUAUGAGCGCCGACCAAAAACGCGAGUUGGGCUGUGCGGAUAAAAGUAGUCUGAUACGUGAACUGGUUGAAGACUUCCUGUUUCCAGCUAGUAAGUUAAUGCUACAAUACCAACGCACUGGGCAAAUGGGCGAGGACCCCGCGACGCCGGUUUGUGACACACCGCAAACCCAAGCGGCGGCUUUCGAUUUACUGAUAAGUUUAUGCGUGAAUUGCGUGCCCAACUGCAAGCAGUUGGUGUUUAUGCUCACGGACAUGUUCUACGCGGAGCAGGAGACGGCCAUUGGCGAUUGGGAUUACCUGCCAUCGGUGGGACCACGACCUCUGCAGGGUUUCGUCGGUUUGAAGAACGCCGGCGCCACUUGUUACAUGAAUUCCGUGCUGCAGCAAUUGUACAUGGUGCAUAGCAUCCGCGCGGGAAUUUUGGCCUGCGAGGGGGCUGCGACUGAUCCCAAUGAGGAUUUCAGCAGCGAGGGCAAUGAUUCCGAGAGCACUGACUGUGAUGACAGGGAUGACAAUAGGAAGGAUUACAAUGUCGGUAUACUGAAGCAGGUGCAGGCGAUUUUCGGGCAUUUGGCGUGCUCGCGGUUGCAGUUUUACGUGCCAAAGGGUCUCUGGAGGCAUUUCAAACUGCAAGGCGAACCGGUGAAUCUUCGCGAACAGCAAGAUGCCGUCGAGUUUUUUAUGGCGCUGGUGGAGAGUCUGGACGAGGCGUUAAAGACGUUAGGACACGAGCAGAUUAUGAGUAAAAUUCUAGGUGGCUCGUACUCUGAUCAGAAAAUCUGUAAAGGAUGCCCGCAUCGAUACUCCAAGGAAGAGCCGUUUAGUGUUAUCAGCGUAGAUAUUAGGAAUCACAGUAAUCUGCCGGAUUCUUUAGAACAAUACGUCAAAGGUGAAUUACUAGAAGGAGCUGACGCGUACCACUGCGAAAAGUGUGCCAAGAAGGUGGUGACUGUAAAGCGGCUGUGCGUGAAGAAACUGCCGCCGGUGCUGGCUAUCCAAUUGAAGCGGUUCGAGUACGACUUUGAGCGCUUGUGCGCAAUUAAGUUCAACGACUACUUUGAAUUUCCGCGCGAUCUGGACAUGGAACCGUACACGGUCUCGGGGCUGGCGCGGCUUGAGGGAGAGAUCAUAGACUGCGACAUUGAUCCGAGUGCCGCCGACGUGUGCACUGCCUACAGAUUAUCGGGUAUUGUUGUGCAUUCAGGCCAAGCGUCCGGUGGACACUAUUAUUCGUACAUCAAAAGUAAAGAGCACGCUGGCGGCGAGGUGCGUUGGUACAAGUUCGACGACGGUGAGGUUUCCGAAUGCCGCAUGGGCGAGGAUGAAGAGAUGAAGGUGCAGUGCUUUGGCGGUGAUUAUAUGGGUGAAGUGUUUGAUCCGAUGCUGAAACGCACCACGUACCGCCGCCAGAAGCGCUGGUGGAACGCCUACAUGCUGUUCUACACGCGGCAGGACGUCGACGAGGGCGGUCUAGUCAAUAAAAUGGGUGAACUUACUCUUCAAGAUAAUAAAGAAGUUCCGCACCUGAAAAUGCCCGUCUCCAUCGAGAGCAGCAUUCGCCGGCAAAACAUCAAGUUCCUCCAUCAUCGCAGCCAGUUCUCGGCGGAGUACUUCACCUUCAUACGCAAGUUUGUGCAUGGUAAUGCGCCGGCGGGCGCACGUGUUACCCAUCCACUCCCGCCGGAGUUGGAACAGCAGUCGAUGCUUAGCACGCAGCUCGCCAGCAAGUUCCUAUUCCACACCGGCUGGCACACGAAAAAGAACCUGCGUGGCUCUGCGAUGGAUUGGUGCGAUGUGCUUUGUUUACAUUUGCGUGCUGCACCUUCGAUACGAUCAUGGUUUGCGCAGCAUAUGCUCUUCAACUAUCCGCAUCGCUUCUGCGAGUACCUGCUGAGCUGCCCCAGCAACGAGGUGCGCUCCGCGUUUAUGAAGAUCGUCGUACUCCUAGCGCACUUUGCGAUGAACGACGGGCCGUGUCCGUGCCCGCCUGGACUCAAUAAUGCUGACGCAGCAGCUACGCUCAGUGACCAUAUUCUCUGGGCGCUGCUCAGUUUGCUGCAGCGCGAAGUUAGCGAACACGGACGACACUUACCUCAUUAUUGUAACGUAUUUCAUAUGUAUGCUAGUCAAGGAACACGUGAAAAGGAACAACUGCUGAAGAUGAAUGUGCCUGCAACGUUUAUGUUAGUGGCGUUGGACGAAGGACCAGGUCCGGCAAUUAAGUAUCAGUACACCGAGCUGGGCAAACUGCAUCAGGUGGUUUCGUGCCUGGUGCGAUGCUGCGACAUCAGCGCUCACUGUAAAUCCAGUUCCGUUGAUCCAGUCCUGCCGAAUCCUUUCGGGGACCACACUUGCACCGAGUACAUCAUGCCUUUGUCGCCUCAGGCUAGCGAAAUAUUAUUCUCUAGAACAAGUUAUAUCAAGAAAGUGAUAGAAGAUUCCAACUUGACGGACGAAUCAAUAAAACUGCUCGAAUAUUGUUCAUGGGAGAAUCCGACGUUUUCACGCACUGUACUCUCUGAGUUACUGUGGCAGAUCGCAUUCGCUUAUUGUCAAGAACUACGCCAUCAUAUUGAGUUAUUACUCGCCGUGCUUCUCUUGGAGGAUUCAUGGCAGACACACCGCGUGCAUAACGCCAUCAAAGGUAUCCAGGAGGAGCGUGAAGGUCUGCUGGAAACAAUCGCGCGCUCCAAGAACCACUACCAAAAACGUGCCUAUCAAUGCGUCAAAUGCAUGGUGGCGUUGUUCAGUAAAUGCCGGCCGGCGCUUCUCAUGCUACACAAGAACGCUGAUGUGCGAAAGCAGUGGGCGGCGGCGGUCGCAUGGCUACAGGAUGAAUUAGAGCGCCGCUAUCAGACUAAUCCACAGUACACGUACAGCACGUGGUCGCCACCGCCACAGAGCAACGAGAACUCUAAUGGAUACUUCCUGGAGAGAUCAAACAGCGCGCGUAAGACCCUAGAACGUGCAUUAGAAUUAAUGCCGGAGAGCGAACGUGAAGAGGACGAUGCCGCCAGUGAGGAGCAAGAGUCACAGGAGGAGAUCACCGAGACGAACCAAGAUGAAACGUCGUCGACAUCCACGUCCACCGCGACAACAACAACGGCGAGCACAGUCGUCACCACGCCCAACCAGCGUGUCGAUCUGCCCGACGUGACGCAAACAUGCGACGCGCCGCCGAAUAAUGCGCCCAACACUUAGUCGACGGCAAGGAGCGCAUGCAAUUCACUACGUUCGUGUGCACACUCGUGGAGCAACAUGGUAAGUGUUUAUUAAUCACUGCGACGCGAAGAUGAGGAGGAGCUGACGCGCCCACUUUGCAUUGGUGUGUGUGUGUGUGUGCUGAAAUUUAUAAUUAAUUAUUUAAUUUUCAAGGGGACUUGUGAUAUGUAUGUAUGUAUAUAACGAAGCAUUUUUCUCUGACGAUAUGUUCUCUUUGAAUUGAUUCAUUAUAAUUUAUUUAAUCGCGUUGCAUUUCCUACAAAACGAAACAGAAUAACGACAAAACCAAAAACUUGAUGUUGCAUUAAGCAUUAUGGCUGUACAGCUUCUACGCAAUCUAAUCAACCAAAUUGUAAACACUCGAGCACCACACUUCUUCGCCGCCGUCGACAUCGCAAAGAUAUUCCUCACCGUUCGUGCUUCACACGUGCAUCAUGGAGUGUGUGGGAUCUGCGCGCUUGGAGGUCAUCAGAAUAAUCUUAAACAAACUGCUAAUCGUAUUAUACUAAAGAAAAUAUAUUCAAUCGCCGCUCCCGCCAUUAACGAAAUGAAAAACCACAAAAAAAAAUGCAUAAAAAUGGAGAAAAUACGAGGAAUGAAUGUUUCACAAAUUAAUCUUUAAGCAAACAUAAAGGUCAUCUAAUCUGUUCGCUGGUUACGCAUUGAUUUUUGUAACGUGCCGCAACUUUUUACUUUUCCCGUCUUCAUUUCUCCCUCACUACAAAUUCUAGUUUAAUUAUUUGUAUAUAAUUAUACAUAUUAUAUCCCUUAUCCAUAUUAUUUAUGCUGGAUGUUGCAAGAGAGUGUUAAUCGCCGCCAUUAUUGAAAAUUUGCUGCGAUGGAACUAAAGUUGACAUGCAACACACAAACAACGUCUAAUUGAAUGGCAAAGAUGACGAAAAUACCUGUAAAUACCUAGUAAUAAACAGUUUUAUGCUAUUUAAUCAAUUAUUCUAUUGAAUUGUUCAUCUAUGCGAGAUUUUUUAUUUGUGAUAUGUCAGCCAUUGCGCUUUAUGUAUGAUUUCGAGCAAGUUUUUUGUUUUAAAUUUGAUUUGUAAUUGGUACGAUGUUGUUACAAGUGUUUGCGUUGAUUGAUUGAUAUCGAUCAAGGCGAGAAGACUAUGUAUUUUGCAAGCGAGUAUGAAAUGAGCAGCGGAUAAUUGGUGUGUUGAGAAACGAACGAAGAUUCGUGUGGCAAUGAGGCGCACGGCAGAGAGAAGUCAAAGUUAUAUGUACGUGUGGAACAAAACGAUUUGAUGAUACCUUGAACUAUGUCAUUAUCGGCUGAUGAUAAUUGAUUCGCGACAAAAUUUGUAUUAAUAAACACAAUUGUUAUUAUAGAA